AUGAACAGUAACUUAUCUCUUCAUCGUACAGCGCCCCGAAACACUCCAAGUUACAUGCGCUUUUUGGGUUAUUCAUAUGGGUAUCUUAUCUUCUCCUGUAGGGAGCACUUCCUCCUAGUUGAUGUUUACACGUGCAUUAAGGUGAAGCCCCCCAAACUCCCAGCAAACCGCAACUGUGAAAUCUAUUGUGGGUUCCUUAUGGCUCCACUCAAUUCGCCAAAGUCGCGCCUCCUCCUUUGCUCGCGAAAGUCCAUGUUCCUAUGGAAAGUUGGAACAACCUCCUGGACAGAGAGCCCCUUUGUUGGUGAAGCUAAAUUCAUUUAUCAGAUUGUGCUCUUUAAAGGUCAGAUGUUUGCCAUGGACUCUCUUUAUAGGCUCAAUACCAUAUCCUUGGCACCUCAGCUCGGCAUGCAGGAAGUAACAGUUUUGUGGCGAGAGGACGUGGUUGUAGGCUCAAGUAAUGUUCCAUGGUUGGUGGUAUGUGGUGACAUGCUUCUCAUGGUUGAUGUGGUUGAGUACUUCUUUCAAGUCUUCCGCUUAGAUUUCUCAGCCAAACCAGCUAAGUGGGUCAAACUGGAAAAGUUGGAAAAUUGGGCUAUGUUUGUUAGCAUUGGGUUGAGGAGCCCUACAUUUUCUUGCAUGAACCCUGAAAGAUGGGGUGGAAAGAGUAAUUGCAUUUACAUUUCGAGUCUUUCAUCUCAAGAUUCUGAUGCUCCUUGGAUAGCAACAGAGCUCGGUCAGUCGAUUUACAGUGCAGCUCACCGCGAUUCAUACAUUCCAGAAGGCGCAAGGCAGGAGAUUGAGAGCUUCUGGGUGCUUCCCAGCUUGGUCUAUGGUGCCGGCAAGUGA